AUGAAUGCAUUAACGGUGGAUUCGCGCCCGUUCGAUGUUAAUCGUGAUCGUGCGGCGAGCGUUUACAAGCAAGGAUUCGCGGCCUUGAUCUCGUUUCAGCAACGAAAUCGAUUGCGGCUCGCGAAAAUCGGGACGUUUAACUUCGAGGCGAAUGUUACAAGUUACUACGGCUAUCCGCGGUACGGCUUCUGGCGUUUCAAGCUUCUCGAGUUACCCGUUCCGACCGUGCCUGAGAAUCUGACGUGGAGCAAUGCGUACCCUGAAUGGGUGAACGAAUCGCGCUCAUCCUGCCCGAAAAUUCCAGAGCCGGAACGUCCGGAUUGGCUGGGCGACAUCGACGCGAUCAUCGCACACGUACCCUGCGAUGAACCGAGCGAUUCCUGGGCGAAGGAUAUUCGCUGGCUACAGCAGCUCCUAACGAUCGCAGGCUUCGUCGUCGGUGCUCGUCGCCCGUGGUUACCAGUGGUGUUACUCUCCUCGUGCCGCCCGCCGCCCAACCUCUUCCACUGCUCGCGACUCGUGACGCGGGAGGGUGACACCUGGCUGUACAACCUGACGGCCAGUGACAUGAUGACACGUGUACAGCCCCUAGGAUCGUGUGCCAUGGCUCAGCCAAUCAGCGACAAGGUGGCAGCAGCCAACCAGCGCGUCGCGUAUGCUACAGUGCUACACUCGUCGGAGCACUAUGUGUGCGGCGCGAUAGUACUGGGACACAGCAUAAGGAGGACGGGGAGCAAGCACGAGAUGGUUGUGCUUGUAUCGAAGGAGAUUCGAGAAGAGAGCAGGCGAGGGCUGAGGGAGGCGGGGUGGACGGUGAAGGAGAUUGAGAGGAUUCGAAAUCCCAAUGCACUAAAUGGGACUUAUAACGAAUGGAACUACAGCAAGCUGCGGCUGUGGCAGCAGACAGAAUACGCCAAGCUGCUCUUUAUUGACUCGGACCUGCUCCUCUUGAACAGCGUUGACUUUCUCUUCUCCUUCCCCGAGAUCUCCACGCGGGGAAACGACGGCUCAGAUUUCAACUCAGGCGUGAUGGUCCUGGAGCCGUCGGAUUGCACGUUUGAGCUGCUGAUGGAGAAUCUGGAAAGAGUGCGAUCGGCCAAUGGGGGGGAUCAGGGCUUCUUGAACAAUGUCUUCACAUGGUGGCACCGCUUACCAGAGUCCAUAAACACUCUCAAACCCAUCUGGACCACUGACCCUGUGAAGAGGGCAGCAGCCCUCAUUGUAAAAAACAGGUGGUUCUCACAAGAGCCUUCGGAAAUCCACGCUAUACACUACCUUGGUAUAAAGCCGUGGGCGUGUUACCGCGAGUUUGAUUGUAACGCGCUUGUUCCCACACUUCGCAACUUUGCAAACGAGGCGGCUCAUAAGCGGUGGUGGAGUGUACAUGAUACCCUGCCUGAGCCACUAAAGCAAUUUUGCUGGAUAACUGGCGAAGCAGAGAAGAAGCUGACGAAGCUAAUUGAACAAUCCAAGCCCAAACCAGUGCCUUAA